AUGAGUUAUGCAAAAAUUGUCUGUAUUGUCACUUUGGAAAGCCGUGUAUAUCAGAAAAACGCUGUCAAAAAUGCAAUUCAGAUCAUAACACCAUCUUACAUGACGCAUUUUCGCAAGGCCAUCAAUAUGGCCAAACAGCAUCGCGACCGACAUCAUCGAACAUCAAGUUUGAGCCAAAUAGGAAUAAAAAUACUCACGUGUCACUACAACGUGACGUUCCACCCGAAGUACUGUUGGCCACAGCUAUGCUAAAAGUAAAAUCAGCGGAUGGUACAUAUCAUACAUUAAGGGCACUUAUAGAUCAAGGUUCACAAACAUCCUUAAUCACAGAAAAGGCAGCGCAGGCAUUGAGACUAUCGAGGAGCAAAUUCCACGGUAUCAUAUCAGGAGUAGGUACUAAGGAAAGUACUUGUAAAGGUAUCACCAAAAUCUGUUGCUCAUCAAUGGACAACAAUUAUCAAUUCGAGACCGAGGUUCUUAUCAUGAAAUCUCUUAUCAAAAAUUUACCCAGUGUCUCAUUUAAUGAACCAGAAUGGUCAUUUUUAAACAAUAUCAAACUUGCUGAUCCGCAGUUUUAUAUAAGUCGACCAGUCGAUUUACUGCUCGGCGCUGAUAUAUACUCUAUCAUUUUGUUGGAAGGAAUAUGCAAGCAACAUGAGAACGUACCUAUAGCCCAACAAACACAGCUGGGUUGGAUUUUGUGCGGUCAUGUUAAAAAAUUACAAUGCAACGUAACAUUAUGCGAUAUUGACGAAAUAAAAAGGUUUUGGGAAAUAGAAGAUAUCACCGACAAAUCGCAACUAUCAUCAUCAGAAGAGCAAGUUAUAAAUUUUUAUCAAAAAACAACCCGGAGAUUAGAGGACGGCAGGUAUUCAGUGAGGAUACCAAUGAAGGAAAACUUCGAGGACAAACUCGGGACCUCCAAAAAUAAAGCUGUUGCUCAAUUCCGUCAAUUAGAGCGAAAAUUCUGUAAAAAUAAACAAAUGGAAUCUGAUUACAAAGCAUUCAUUCAUGAGUACCUAUCGCUCGGUCACAUGAAACUAUCAACAUAUGACGGCAAUAUGAAACCUACCUUCUUUUUGCCGCAUCAUAGUGUCACACGCGAAGAAUCAACAACUACUAAGACUAGAGUAGUAUUUAAUGGGUCAGCACCUACCUCAACAGGACAUCGCCUUAAUGACCUUAUGGAAUGCGGGCCCAAUCUUCAACAAGACCUUCAAACGCUUAUCAUUAAAUGGAGGCAAUAUCAAAUCGCGUUCACAGCCGACAUAGAAAAAAUGUAUAGGCAAAUCUGGGUGCAUGAAGAAGAUCAGAACCUUCAAAAGAUCAUAUGGAGAGAUUCACCAGAGCAUGUACUCCAGGAAUAUCAACUAAGAUCUGUCACCUAUGGACUCCGCUCAUCAGCGUUUCUUGCUAUGAUGACACUGCGGAGAUUAGCGGCAGAUGAAAAAGAAAUCAACCCAAACAGCAUUGCAGCAGAUGUCAUUGAGUCCUGCUUUUACAUGGAUGAUCUCGUGCAUGGCUGUCAUACAGCAGAAGAAGCUGAAGAACUGAAAGAAAACCUUAUGUCGGUGCUCCAGAGUGGAGGAUUUAACCUGCGCAAGUGGAAAUCAAAUCACUUACCUAUAUCAACCACAUCAGAAUCAGAACAAACAGAAUUUGACUUUAAGCAUGCAGAAACAUCAAAAACUUUAGGGUUAAGUUGGAACCCCAUUCAAGACUGUUUCACAUUCCAAUCAAAAAUUGAAAUAUCAUCAGAAGUGGUGACAAAGAGAUCAUUCCUAUCAGACCUUUCGAAGAUCUUCGAUCCCAUCGGAUGGCUCUCCCCACUGACUACAAAAUUAAAAAUUAUGUUCCAGCAAGUAUUUAUGUCACAGAUUGCAUGGGACGAUCAACUACCAAAAGAUUUAACCACAGAAUGGAUGGUGCUUAGAGAGGAUAUCAUAAAUAUCAACUAUUAUCAAAUACAACGAUGGCUUGGCACUGUUAACGGCGACGAGAUUGAGUUGCACGGCUUCUGCGACGCGUCUCUGAAAGCUUAUGCGUGCGUCAUCUACUGUAAAAUCAAGAGAGGAGACCAUGUAUCAAUCAACCAAGUAACUGGAAAGGCAAGACUAGUUCCUGCUAGCAGCACCAAAGAAGAAAAGGUAUCAUUACCUAGAUUAGAGCUAUGUGGUUCUCUUCUACUAUCAGUUGUUAUGGAGAAAGUCAUACAAUGUCUAUCAGAAGACUAUAAAAUAUCAGUUUACGGAUGGUGCGACAGUAAAAUAGUGCUAGGAUGGCUACAGGGUGAGCCGGCACGUUGGAAAACUUUCGUGGCCAACAGAGUAUCAAAGGUGGUGAAGACCAUCCCAUCAGACUCAUGGAGAUAUGUGGCAUCAGCAGAUAAUCCGGCAGACUGUGCUAGCCGAGGACAAUCAGCCACGGAACUCAAGAACAACGCCCUCUGGUGGUGCGGGCCGGAAUGGCUUCGAGAGUUCGAAAAAACAACCGCUGAAAAGGAAACAUAUCAAACCGAUCAAGAAAUCAAAAAGAUAAAGCAAGUAAACGUCACGCAGCAAGACAACAAUGACGUCAUCAAUAAGGUCAUCAAGCAUUUCAGCUCCCUGAAAAAAGUUAAAUCCAACAAAUUAGUACUGCACUCCGAAAUAGAACUACCAAAAAUGGCUGCUAUUAAUCACAUGUUUAAUAUAACGCUGCCUUUAGAGAAUAUCACCACAGAAUCAAUGUCAGACCAAGAGCACCAGCAACAAUUAUCAGAAGUUCAGAGACAACUGGAUGACAUGAAGCAGAGAAAACAAUAUGCCAGCGGAAAAGGAAGAGCGAAGCGUCGUGACCUCGACGAAGACGACAGCAGCGGCACCGCCGGCGAGAGCACGGUAACGCCCCGCCCAGGCGGUGGCGCGCCCGCCGAGCACGUGGCGGUUGUCCCUACCGCAGCGAGCGACCUCCCCGCCGCGCCCGGCGCGCCCCACGCGCACGAGCAGAACGCGGCACGCGGGUCCCCUGCGGUACGCGCCCCCCCCGCCACGCCCGGCGCGUCGAACGAGCACGCUGCGCGCGGCCGCCCUGCCUCGGCUGUCUCGGCUGGCCCGCCCUACGCGUCCUACGAGGAUGCUGCGCGCGGCCGCCCUGCCUCGGCUGACUUGGCUGGCCCGCCCUACGCGUCCUACGACUACCGGCCUUGA